ACAUGUGAGGUGUCCUAUCAAUUCGCGGCGGAUCACAACCUUUGGAUCCUAAUCAAACGGCGAUGUUUUUAAAAACUAUUACAUAGCCACGAUUUCAGUUAGUUAGCGUUACGACAUCGGUGAUCAAUCAGGCGCCCAAGCUGGCGAAUUCCUAACAAAUUAUCGUUUACUUUUUAAGUAGACUCUGUGCUGUGAUAUGACGCUACUCGCCAAAGAAAAUGACCAGGGAAGUUUGCUGAGAAAAAGGGAAAAUAAACUGGAGGAAGCUAAUAAAGAAAUUACAGAAAUAAACGAAAAGACAGAAGAUAACUGUGAUAACCAACUAGAAAAUGAAGAUAUAAAUAAAAACAAACAAUUAGUAAAUAGGAAAUGGUCUCUCUGUAGUUUUACCGAAUUGCCGUCAUGGCUACAAGACAACGAAUAUAUUACGUUUGGCCACCGUCCUCCUAUACCAUGCGUGAAAACAUGUUUCCAAAGUAUAUUCAGGAUACAUGCUGAAACUGGAAAUAUAUGGACGCAUUUGGUGGGCUGUAUUUUAUUUAUAGGUAUUACAGUUUACUUUACCUACUCUCAAUACGUGAAAAUCCCUGACAGCAAAGAAACAUGGGUAUUUUUAGCAUUCUUUGCGGGCGCCAUUUUGUACCUAGGGUUUUCCACAAUUUUCCACACGUUGUACUGCCAUUCGCAGAACGUCAGCAAGCUGUUUUCCAAACUGGACUACUGCGGCAUCUCUCUACUUAUAAUGGGAUCCUUCGUCCCGUGGGUCUACUUCGGAUUCUACUGUCACUUUGUCCCUAAAGUACUGUACUUGGUGAUGGUUUGCACGCUGGGGAUAUCAACCAUGUGCGUGAGCCUAAUAGACAAAUUUUCGACGCCCACAUGGCGGCCAUUCAGAGCGGGCGUCUUUAUGACGUUCGGACUGUCAGCUGUUUUCCCUGCCUUACACUACGGCUUCCAAGAAGGCUGGUUCAACCACAUUUCGCAGAAAAAUCUGGGUUGGCUGGUUUUGAUGGGGGUGCUCUACAUCGCAGGUGCCCUGCUGUACGCGUUACGAGUUCCUGAACGUUGGUACCCCGGGAAAUUCGACUUUUGGUUCCAUUCCCACCAGAUAUUCCACGUUUUUGUGGUGGCAGCGGCUUUAGUGCACUUCCAUGGAGUCACCGAACUUGCCACGCACAGAUUAUCGCUGGGCGCAUGUGAUCCGCCCGGCCUAAUUAAAAUGUGAUACAUUUGUUUUUAGAUGAAUUAAAUAAAG